GUGUUGUUGAAGUAAACAAAAGAUGUACGGAAAGCUUGGGAUAUAACCUAAAUUGUUUACAAUUCUUGGUAAACAGUAGAAUAACUUCGCAAUUAGAACGUUUCUUAAACCAUAGCAAUAAUGGAUUUAAGCAAUUUAACAAGUGUUCUAUUCAAUGAUGAAGUUAAUGAUACACAGGUGCGCUAUCACUUGGUCUAUCCCAAACAUUUUAAUCUCAUCAAAAAAUCGAAAAUUGCUUCACGAUCAGGUAGUGGACAGAGUGUAUCCAACAAGCGUAGACGACGCGGAAGACCGCGCAAAGAAGAUGUGAAAAAAUCUGAAGAAGACCGACGUGCUGCCGAAGAAAAUGCCAAUGAUGAAAAACCGGACGAGAAUGUUGUGGUUCAGUUCAAAAGCACCAGAUAUGGUCGAGUUUCAAGACCACCGAAACACAUGAGUAAUUCAACAUUCGUUGACAUCAAAGAUACGAGAAUAGCGUCCACAACAACAGAUACUACUAUUCCAAUGGACACAAUGGAAAUACAAAACAGCGUCAACGUGGAACAGCAACCAGAUGCUGGGGGAAAGACGACAAAAAUCGUAGUCGAAGCGAAAAAAGUACGAAAAAAUGUUGACCGUUUCACUUGCGCAGUUUGUAAAAAGGUAUACUUGGGGCGGAAGAAAAUGCUAAAACACUACUUGGCAUUCCCUGAACAUAAAAUCCCACCAAUUCAGAACAACAAAACGCAUACGAACGGCCACAUAGUCAAUAGCUUUUUAUUCGAUGAACUGAUGAAGGCGGUGGGAAGUGCUUCACAAACCGAGCGAAUUUCAAUGUUUCUAGCGGAAAUUUCGAAUUUCGUCAGUAGAGUUCGUCUGUUCAAACCAAAAAUCUUACAUCCGGAACAAGCAUCGACCGAGUAUUAUGUAGACAAAAAUGUAUCAAAAAUUUUGGAUUUGCCUGAAGGCCUCUUGCAGCUCAAUGAUAGGGCAUUUGACGAUAAUCUUCAGCAAAAUAACAACACAUUUAGCACGUAUAUUGAGGAAACUAAUGGGCCAUCAGAUCAAAUUUCAUCGCUCAGUAAUUUGCAGCAACAGCUUGGAUACAAUUUAAAUCUCUUUCCUCAAGUCAACUACGAUCAAAUCAGUGAUAAUGCUGUCGAGGCAGAAGUACUAGGAAAGUCAAACGAAGCCAUCACUGAUUUAUCACACGAGACGCCUAUUUUAGAUAUACCAUUGGAUCUCUUUUCGUUCAAUAAUCUUAAAUAAAAAUACCGACAACAAUUAAA